GUGAGCGUCCUUUCAAGUGUGAGACUUGUAACUACCUGGCAGCGAACCAGCACGAAGUGACCCGUCACGCCCGGCAGGUCCACAACGGACCCAAGCCUCUGUCCUGCCCGUACUGCGAGUACAAGACCGCCGACCGCAGCAACUACAAGAAGCACGUGGAGCUGCACCUCAACCCGCGGCAGUUCGUCUGCCCGCUCUGCAAGUACGCCGCCUCCAAGAAGUGCAACCUGCAGUACCACCUGAAGUCCAGGCACGCCGGCUGCAGCGUGGUGCUGGACGUCUCCAAGGUCAAGCUGCGCAACAAGAAACACGGCAACGAGGAAACCGCUGAAUCCAGAACGGGCAAGAUGGACCAUUCAUCCGGUGUGGACGAGGACUUCGACGAGGACGACGUAGACGAGGAGUCAAGCCCCGUCAAUCUGUCAAUCAAACCCAGCGCCAACCAACCGCUGCAGAGCGAGGCGCCGGACAAGGCUCUGAAGAAAUCCACCAACCCUCCUGAGAAAGAGAAGGUUCUGAAGGGGAAGGUGGAACCAGAGAAGAAGGUCACGAGGCAGAAGAAGAACCUUCUAGAGACAGAGACUCCUGUCCCAGAGAAGGUCAAGAGACGUGUCAAGAAACCGCCGGUGGAGAAAACCACCACCAAGGACCAAGCUACAGGAACUGGAGAGCCACAGAGACCAGAGGAGCAAGAGGAGCGGAUCCCUGAGAGGAAGAAGAACAAUGGGAAAGAGAACAAAGGCCUCAGCAAGCCGAGGAAGUCUGCGUCAAAGAAGUCUGAGAAACCAGAACCAGUUAAGGAACCUGAGCAGUGCCCAGUCUCUCCUGAGGAACCAGAACCAGUUAAAGAACCUAACCAGAGCCCAGUCUCUCCUGAGGAACCAGAACCUGAGCCGAGCCCAGUCUCUCCUGAGGAACCUCAGAAGGAAAGGUCCAGGAAGAGGAAGGCAGUGGAAGCUCUGGACCUCUCCAAGAAGUCCUCGUCUGAGACUUCAUCCAAGACCAGGAGAGUGAAGAGACCCGCUUCAGAAGAAAUCAAGAAGACCAGCGAGGUGACCCGGGCCCCGAGAGGGUCCAACGGGACGAGUACUGGGAACACCAGGAAGACCAAGAAGACCAAGAAGUCCUCAGACCUUCAACAAACCCUGAAGGCAGAGAAGGACCAGAAGGCUUCAUCCUCCAAGACAGGAACCUCCAAGACAGGAACCACAUCCUCAAAGACAGGAACCUCCAAGACAGGAACCACAUCCUCCAAGACAGGAACCACAUCCUCCAAGACAGGAAGCACAUCCUCCAAGAAAGGAACCACAUCCUCCAAGACAGGAACCACAUCCUCCGAGCCCUGCCUGACAGGAACCACAUCCUCCGAGCUCUGCCUGACAGGAACCACAUCCUCCGAGCUCUGCCUGACAGGGACCACAUCCUCCAAGACAGAAACCACUUCCUUCAAGACAGGAACCACAUCCUUCAAGACAGGAACCACACCCUCCGAGGCCUGCCUGACAGGAACCACUUCCUCCAAGACAGGAACCACUUCCUCCAAGACAGGAACCACUGCCUCCAAGACAGGAACCACAUCCUCCGAGCCCUGUCUGACAGGAACCACUUCCUCCAAGACAGGAACCACACCCUCCGAGGCCUGCCUGACAGGAACCACAUCCUCCAAGACAGGAACCACACCCUCCAAGACAGGAACCACACCCUCCGAGGCCUGCCUGACAGGAACCACACCCUCCGAGGCCUGCCUGACAGGAACCACACCCUCCAAGACAGAAACCACAUCCUCCAAGACAGGAACCACACCCUCCAAGACAGGAACCACACCCUCCGAGGCCUGCCUGACAGGAACCACACCCUCCAAGACAGAAACCACAUCCUCCGAGCCCUGCCUGACAGGAACCACAUCCUCCAAGACAGGAACCACUUCCUCCAAGACAGGAACCACAUCCUCCGAGCCCUGCCUGAAAGGAACCACUUCCUCCAAGACAGGAACCACACCCUUCAAGACAGGAACCACAUCCUCCGAGGCCUGCCUGAAAGGAACCACAUCCUCCAAGACAGGAACCACACCCUCCGAGUCCUGCCUGACAGGAACCACAUCUUCCAAGGUAGGAACCACCUCCUCUGAGGCAGGAACCACUUCCUCCAAGACAGAAACCAAAUCCUCCGAGGAAGAAAUCAAAUCCUCCGAGCCCUGCUUGACAGGAACCAGACCCUCCAAGACAGGGACCAGAUCUUCUGAGACAGGAACCAGCCCCGCGAAGAAGAAGAGGAAGGUCUCAGCGGUUGAAACCCCUCCACCAGUUCCUGAACAGAUUCUGAACAAACCCUCAGAGGAGAUAGAGGUUUCCCCCCCCUGCAGCUCCGGUGAAGACACGCCUUCCCCGGCUGAAGACCGCCCUGCGCCCACGUUCGUUAAACCCCCCCCGCCCUCUCUGGUGCUUCCAGGCCCGCGCAGCAAACCCUCAGACGCAGAGGAGGACGAGGGGGUCCACAGCAGCCUGGAGGGGGGCAGCGACAUCAGCGACAGCGCCUCCGAGGGCAGCGACGACUCCGGACUCAACGGAGCCCAGUCGGGAAAGAUGGCAAACGACCCGGAGACGCCCACCGACGAGAUCCCCACCCCCACGGAGCUCAAGAGCCACCUGUGCAUCUUCUGCGACCGCACCUUCCCCCUGGAGGUGGUCUACCGGCGCCACCUGAACCGGCACCUGGUCAACGUGUACUACAUGCAUGACGGCACCGCCAGGGCCCAGACCUGAGGACCUCCGUCUCCUUAAGACUGUCAUCCGGACCACUAACGCUACACUGAGCUCUGUGAGCUGGAAUCUGACCUGGGACUACUUUCCUGUCAAGCUCCUGUUGUUACGGGGUUGUGAACAUUAACGGACAGGUGGAGUCCCUGAACUCACCGAUCCGUGGUGAACCCACCCCCCCCCAGUCACAAAGUGCCAAAACACCUUAUUUUCCAGGCCUUAUUCUUUAAGAGUUCCUCUGUUUAAAUGUGAAGGGAUGAAGAGGAUCUCCCCCUUCAGAGAGUGCUGCCCCCUGCUGGGCGUCCCUGAGCACCGCCUGGCAGGCUCAUGUUUCCCUGCUUCACUCAGACAGACCACAGAGAGGGCUGAGAGAGUUACAGGUGAUGUUAGGACACUCAGAAAGAUUAUUUUUGUAUUGCUGAGAAACGCAUUUAGUUUUUGAGGGUUUUCCCCCUGACGAUAAACUGAGAUGUUACGAGGUGUGUGAGGGCUGCUUUAGGUCAGAGAAGGAUACAGAGCAGAGGAAGGUCACACCCAGAGAUUUAACUGAGGUUGAAUUGAUUAAUUUAGGAGAGAAGACUCAGACUUUAAAAUAAAGAAUCUUUUUUUUUUUUGGUCCGAUUUUAGUUUUUUACUUGUUUUCCUCUGAAUGUUGUUGUUAUUUACCUUCUCCGUCAUGUUGUCCUUCAGAUCUCACCUUGUGUCUUCAUGUGUAUCUGGAACCAGCUCUGAACUCUGUGUUUGAGUCAUAAACCUUAAGAUGAGAUAACUGAAGGUUCAAAUCAUAGUUUUAUUUAAAAACGCAGUGCCUUUGACAAUCAGCUGCUCCGUGUCCAUCAGACACGAGGAGGGAUCUGCUGUCGUGAUGAGUCCAUCAGACCGGAGGAGGGAUCUGCUGUCGCGAUGAGUCCAUCAGACCAGAGGAGGGAUCUGCUGUCGUGAUGAGUCCAUCAGACGGAGGAGGGAUCUGCUGUCGUGAUGAGUCCAUCAGACCGGAGGAGGGAUCUGCUGUCGUGAUGAGUCCAUCAGACGGAGGAGGGAUCUGCUGUCGUGAUGAGUCCAUCAGACCAGAGGAGGGAUCUGCUGUCGUGAUGAGUCCAUCAGACCAGAGGAGGGAUCUGCUGUCGUGAUGAGUCCAUCAGACGGAGGAGGGAUCUGCUGUCGUGAUGAGUCCAUCAGACCAGAGGAGGGAUCUGCUGUCGUGAUGAGUCCAUCAGACCGGAGGAGGGAUCUGCUGUCGUGAUGAGUCCAUCAGACCAGAGGAGGGAUCUGCUGUCGUGAUGAGUCCAUCAGACGGAGGAGGGAUCUGCUGUCGUGAUGAGUCCAUCAGACCGGAGGAGGGAUCUGCUGUCGUGAUGAGUCCAUCAGACCGGAGGAGGGAUCUGCUGUCGUGAUGAGUCCAUCAGACGGAGGAGGGAUCUGCUGUCGUGAUGAGGUGUCAAUAAUACAGUGCAAUACAAACCAAAGCUCUCUCCUUUCACCUUCAUCAUCGUCAGCUGUCUCACCUUCAUCUUCUCUCAUGACGGACCACCUGACUCUCUGUGUAAUACUGCAUACUCGUGUAUCUGUGGAGAAACCUGCUGUCUUUUUUCUAUUCGUCAAUUACUUCAGUAAACAGCCUUGCUCCUGGAACACAGGUAGUUAUAAUAAAGGUAAAUAGCGCUGUGUGGUCCUGAGUGUCUUCAGCCCCCCCCCCACCCCACAUU